AUAGCAGUGCUAUUAAAUUAUACAAAAUUGAGGUAGAUUACGCUUGUCAUGAAUCUGAUUAUUCAAUAGCCUUCGUAACAUUCGAUUAAUUCGAUUAUUUCGUUAUUCGUUUAAAUUAAAUACUUUAAUAAUUGUGAAGUGAAUUUUUCUUUUUUAAAUCGAAUAAAUCUAACUAAAUAUUAACAUAUUGAAAAAAGAUUUAAUUAAAGAUCAUACAUUAGUAUUGUGUAUGUAGAUAUUUGGAUGAUCGAAGGUCAACGUUUAUUCAAUGUCGAAUUUUUGUAUUAUAAAAUAAGUGACACUAGCGCAACGUAGCGUUACAGAAAAUAAUCAAGAGUUCAGUAGUUAAGUUAGGUUCAUCUUUAGCACCUGUUCAAAACGUGUACAAACGAUAUAAAGAAUUAGUGGGAAAAUUAAAUUUGAUUGUUAAAGUGUGAUUAAAUAUUUUCAUAUCGACAUAGAAUUGUUAAACAAAAUAUUUGAAAAUUAAUUUAUUUGACAGAUUAACAAAUUUUAUCUCAACUCUUUUGAAUUCAUCAAAAUGCGUGCCGAUAAAAACCUUUACGUAUUUCUCUUUUAUUUCCAUUUAUUUAUUUUCGCUUAUUCGGAAAAAAACGAAAGUGUUUUCGUAGCAACAAAUGAAUGGCAAAUUGUUAAAAAAGGCUUAGCGUUACCGAAAGGACUACAUAUAAGAUAUAAUAUGCAAACUGGACUUGUUGAAGCUAAAUUAAUGGAUCAGGAAAAAAAGGAGGAUAAAGAUUUAAAUGAUAGUAACACUUCAAGAUCUUUAAUAUUACAUCCGGAUGAAGUAAUUAAAUCGGAAGAGGAUGAUCCUUUGAUAAAAGAAAAUUUAGAUGAUGUAGAGAUUUCCACUGAUACCAUAAGAAAUUUAUUGAAAAUGAGAGAAAGUGAGAAAACUGAUAAUAAGUCACCUGAUACGAAAGUUCCAAAUGUAAAAAAUAACUUUGAUAACGCACCUAAAUUCAUUAAGAAAUUGCCGUACAAACUUUCAACUAGUGAUAUGGUUCUUGAAUCAGAUAAACAACUUUUUGAUGCCUUAUUUAAAAAAUUUCAAAUAUUUAAAGACACCAUGAGUAAAUCACGUUUACUAGAUAAAGAUAUUGCAAUCAUUUUGGAAACUCUUAAUGCUUUAGAAUACAUAAUUCAUCAUGUCGACAAUGGCCGUUUAUUUGCUAAUAUGGGAGGGUUAACUAAGAUCGUAAUACCGUGUUUGAACAGUACAUAUAGUAAUAUAAAAGCUGAAGCUUUAAAGCUUUUAGGCGCUGCCGCUCAAUUAAAUCCAGAAGUACAAGAUAAAGCGUUAGAAGCAGGUCUAAUACAAAAGGUUCUACGAUUGUUAUGGAUAACUACGAAACAUUUAGUGAAGACUAGAUGUCUUUACGCAUUGAGUGCCUUAAUACGAAAUUUUCCUGAAGCUCAAAAAUCAUUUCUCGAUUAUGGAGGUCUAGAAUUAUUUGUUAAAAUCUUGAUCGAAGAAGACGAAGAUUUUGAAUCAAAAAUCCGAGUUAUGAGACUUGUCAAUGACUUGAUCAUUGAAAGACAAGAUAUAGGAUAUGCUGCUGAACCUGAAGAAUAUGAUGAUAAUACAACAGACGAAUAUGCUGUGACUGCUUUUAGAAAUAGAUUAAUAAUUCAUGGAUAUUGUAAAAAUGUAAUGAAUUUAAUGAUAAGAAUUUUUAAGCAAGAGCUUGACGAUCCAACCAUAAUUGAGAAUUAUGAAUUACUAGAAGUUAUUAUUGAAAAUAUGAUAAGGGUUAGUACCAUAUGUAAAAAAGAAUUUCACAAGAAUCAACAUGAGAUUCUAGAUACUAUUAAUGACUUGGUAGAUUUUUACGAAGACUUAAGCAAAUAUGUUGAUGAGGAUAGUAUCUCGUUAAUCAAUCAACAAAUAAUGUUGGUCGAAAGACUUAUGGUAAUCAUUGAGAUACCAUUGCAUGAUGAAUUGUAAAUAACUUCAACCGAGGAUUGUAUAAAAAAUAAAAUAUAAUUAUGUAUUAUAAAUAAGUUUCAAAACCCAGGGAAAGAGAAUACUAUUCUCGUGUUAAUAUAUAAUAUGCUGCUACAAGCAAUAAUGUGACGUGUAAAAAAUGGAAAUUUGAUUCUGAAAUCAGAAAAUCUAUUAUGUUUUAUAUAG